AUGGAUGUUAUAUUCACAUUUUGAGAUGACCCGUAAAUAUAUGAAAAUAAAUAUUAUUUCUUCAAGUUACAAUUUUGCAUUAACAUGUUGAAUCAAGUAAAUGUUAAUUAUGAAAUGUUACUGGACUAUCUACGUAGUAUCAAUUCCAAACAAUAAUACACGCAUUCCUUCCACGGCUACAAUAUGCACAGCGGUGAUAGCUGUGAUGGUAUUUGGUAGUUGUAACUAUAUGUGUUGUAGCCUUUAUAUAACCUUAAAUGACUAGCCUUAUCAAUACAAAACGAUAAGCCAAAAUAGAACUCCUAUGUAAGGAAAGGUAUUAUCUAUGUACAAAUGUUAUCUAAGGAAUUAGUUUCACGCCUUCACACUUUUGAUGGCAGUAAGAAAACAACAUUGAAGAGCGCAACAUGGAUUUUAGUGGUAAGGUCGCUCUUGUAACCGGAGGUAGUUCUGGUAUAGGAGCCGCUUGCGCCAAGUUAUUAGCUAUUCAUGGAGCACAUGUGGCUUUGGUUGGAAGAAACGAGGAAAGACUCAAUGAAAGUGCGAUGGUAUGUCACCACGCUAGUGGCAGUCAACCUCUGCAAUUGAAAAUGGAUCUAACAGAAAACGGCAAAUGCCAAGAAGCUGUUGAGAGAACUAUAGAGAAAUUUGGGAAGCUUGAUAUUUUAGUGAAUUCAGCAGGAAAAUGUACAGUCGGAUCACUUCUAGAUGAUACAACGGAUGUGUUCGACGAACUAACAAAAUUGAAUCUAGGUGUGACUUACAAAAUCACACAUUACGCUAUACCACAUUUGGCCAAGACGAAGGGCAACAUAGUGAUUGUUGUAGCAGCGCCAUUUCAGAAAAUCAGACAUGGUUUCGGAGCAUUUUCCAUGAUGAAUGCCGCUCUUAUUAAAUUCACCAAUAUCGCUGCAGUGGAGUUGGCAAAUUUGGGAGUGAGAAUAAAUUCUGUAGGUGUAACGGUCACAAGAACUAAUAUACUAUCCAAUAUUAAUAUUCACAGUGAGGACGAAAGAGAAAUGGCAUAUAAAAUAAUUGAAAGAGACAAUAAAAUGAAGAUAUUGGACCCCGAGGAAGUUGCUAAAAUGGUCGUUUUUAUUUCUAGCAAUUUGUGUCCUAAUAUGAAUGGAGCUAAUGUAUGUAUAGAUAGUGCGGCGACGUCUAGAUAGCGGACUUUUAAUUUAUAAAUAAAUAUAUGCGAUACAAGACUCAUUUUGUUAUCUAAGUUGAUAAAUAAAUACAA